ACUACAAACACUUCAUCCCGCACAAGUCACGAUAAGAAUUUAGUGUCACUACUAGAAAGAUGAGGAAAGGUGCUAAAGAGAGAAAGAAAGGAGGCCUAAAGAAGAAGCCAGUUUCAAGGUCAGAGAAGGCUGGUCUCCAAUUCCCCGUUGGGAGGAUUGGACGUUACCUUAAGAAAGGAAGGUACGCUAAGCGUGUUGGUACUGGUGCUCCUGUUUACAUGGCUGCUGUUCUCGAAUAUCUUACUAUUGAGGUGCUUGAGUUGUCUGGGAAUGCAGCUCUUGACAAUAAGAAGAAACGGAUUAGUCUGAGACACAUUUUGCUGGCAAUCAGGAACGAUGGAGAGCUUGGGAAAUUGCUGGAUGGGGUCACCAUUGCUCAUGGUGGUGUUGUCCCUAAAAUCAACCCAGUGUUGUUGUUUGAGAAGAAAGCUGAUAAGGCUCCCAAAACACCCAAGUCUCCCAAGGAGCCAAAUUCCCCCAAGGAGGCCAAUUUUACCUCUAAGGAUGUUGAGCCCUAAAAAUAAUUGAUUUUUGAAAUCUUUUUCAAUCUUAAGUUUUUGUUCUUAAAUCGU